AUGGUUGAAUACAGAGAACUGAUAGCCAGGUUAUGCCGUUUGGCAUCUAUGCCUUGUGUGAUAUACUCUAACAUAUAUUUGUUUCUAACAGUGGUCAGUGUCCAUGGCAACCAGACAGCACUGUUAAACGAUCUGUUUGCCAACUAUAGAAGUGAUGUGCGGCCAAUCUGUGGGACGGACGCUCCAAUAGAGGUUAAAGUUGGCCUGGCUAUCCGACAGGUCAUGGAACUGGAUGAGCCCAACCAAAUACUGACUGUCAACGCCUGGAUUCGACUGAACUGGUACGACUGUCAGAUGGUAUGGAACGCCACUGAGUAUGGGGACAUCUCACAACUUAUCCUCCCCUUUGAGAAAGUGUGGACACCAGACAUUACUCUAUAUGACACUAAUGCAGACGAACUUGCUGGCCUCAAGGACUACCGCCCAAAGUUCACCUCGGACGGGUCAGUGACCUACAACUUCCCAACAAUUAUAACAAGCCUCUGCAAAGUCGACGUCACCUACUUCCCCUUCGACACUCAAUCAUGUGAGCUCAAGUUUGGUUCCUGGUCCUUCCACGGACUCCAGCUCAAUCUCACCAACAGAGCCUCUGCCGGGGACAUGUCCAGCUUCAAAGUCAACUCCGAGUGGGACCUGAUCAGUGUUCCAGUGGAACGACAUGUGGUGUACUACGGUUGCUGCCCAGAUCCUUACCCUGACGUGACGUUCUACGUCAACCUACGCCGCAAGCCGUUCUUCUACGUAGUCAACCUACUGUUCCCCUGUAUACUGAUCACAGCUGUGGGUCUACUGGGCUUCAUGUUGCCUCCUGACGCUGGGGAGAAGGUGGCGCUCGAGAUCACCGUGUUGCUGUCGCUGGCGGUGUUCAUGCUGGUCGUGUCUGACACAUUACCGCCGUCGUCGGAAACCUUUCCGUUUAUAGGAAUCUACUUCUUUCUGGCUAUGAUGUUGGUCACCUUCUCCACGGUCCUAACAGUGAUCGUGUUAAACGUGCACUUCAAAGGUCAACAUGGUAGAGGUGUUCCUCGAUGGAUGAGGAGUCUGUUUCUCGGGACGCUCGCACAGAUCCUUUGUGUCAGGAAAGAAAUGCCUGUCCAUCCAAUGAAGACACCCGUCAACGGUGACAGUGACCUUCACCUCCAAGACUAUUCGGGUGAUGUCAAAAAGGAACACCAAAAUGUACUGAAUCAUGAAACUGAAUUGAACUACCCGAAGAAAGUGAUGAACGAACAGCUAAUGGUCCUGAAGGAGAUCAACAGUCGGUACGCCCAGAAGGAUGAGGCUGAAGCUGUAGAAGAGGAAUGGAAGAAAGUGGCAGUAGUGAUGGACAGAUUAUGCCUUGUGUUGUUCUUCAUUGUCUCUGUAGUCUGCACUUUAGGUAUUUUGCUGCAGUGUAUUGUAGAAAGUGGAUGA